GGAAGUAAUGAAAGCUCCCCAGGGAUGACACUUUCAGUGGCAACGUAUAAAUCACCAUCAGGAACUACCACACCUAUACCUCAACCACCAUCUAAUAUACCAUCUUAUAGAACAUCUUUCUUUGACAAUGCAAAUGAACUAGAGAGAGGAGGAACUCCAAAUAGAAUACCUCAAAGAGUUACAUUUAAUACCACCUCAACAUUAUCCAGUAAUCAAUCGUCAAGGCCAUCAAAUUUAAGGAUAACAACUCUAUCAGUAGGAAAUAUAAAUAGUGGCAAUCCAUCUAUAACCUCCAGUUUCACAACCGCAAAUUGGCAACCAGUAAAUAAUCGUUGGCUUAAAAGUAACUCAAGUAACAGAAGAAAUAAUACAAUGGGACAUCAAAAUGUAACUACCAAAGGAAUUCCACAGUCAACAACACCAAUACUUAUACCUCAACCAGCUAUAGUACCAGUAGGAGAAAAUAAUGACAAUGCCUACCCUAAAGGAAGAAAUCAGGAUCCAGUAGAGUGGCUUGAGGCUUUUGAACGAGCUUGUAAAGCAAACCGUAUCAAUACCACUCAAAUGAUUGAAAUAGUCUCCAGUUAUUUAACAGGAAUAGCACUAACAUAG